GCAGCGAGGUCACGUGAGGGGGGACGGAGGCGGGGUCGCCGGGGAGGAGGAGGAGGGGCGCGCGGCUUCCGGCGGCUGGGGGGCCGGCGAGCGGAGCGGGGGGGCCCUGUCCCGGAGGUGGCGGCGGCGCCAUCUUGGCGAAGGGGGGAUCAGGAAGUGCGGACCGCGGCGGCGGCGGCGGCGGCGGCGGCGGAGCCCGGAGCGGAGGCCGGAGGCUCCCGGCCCGCCGGCCCCGGAGCGGAGCGGAGCGGAGGAUGCAGCAGCCGCAGCCGCAGGGGCAGCAGCAGCCGGGGUCGGGGCAGCAGCUGGGGGGCCAGGGGGCGGCGCCGGGGGCCGGGGGCGGCCCGGGGGGGGGCCCAGGGCCGGGGCCCUGCCUGAGGCGGGAGCUGAAGCUGCUCGAGUCCAUCUUCCACCGCGGCCACGAGCGCUUCCGCAUUGCCAGCGCCUGCCUGGACGAGCUGAGCUGCGAGUUCCUGCUGGCUGGGGCCGGAGGGGCCGGGGCGGGGGCCGCGCCCGGACCGCAUCACCCCCCACGGGGGUCGGUGCCUGGGGAUCCCGUCCGCAUCCACUGCAACAUCACGGAGUCAUACCCUGCCGUGCCCCCCAUCUGGUCAGUGGAGUCCGAUGACCCUAACUUGGCUGCUGUCUUGGAGAGGCUGGUGGACAUAAAGAAAGGGAAUACUCUGCUACUGCAGCAUCUGAAGAGGAUCAUCUCCGACCUGUGUAAACUCUACAACCUCCCUCAGCAUCCAGAUGUGGAGAUGCUGGAUCAGCCCUUGCCAGCAGAGCAGUGUACACAGGAAGAUGUGUCUUCGGAAGAUGAAGAUGAAGAGAUGCCUGAGGACACAGAAGACCUAGAUCACUACGAAAUGAAAGAAGAAGAGCCAGCUGAGGGCAAGAAAUCUGAAGAUGAUGGCAUCGGAAAAGAAAACUUGGCCAUACUAGAGAAAAUUAAAAAGAACCAGAGGCAAGAUUACUUAAAUGGUGCAGUGUCUGGCUCGGUGCAGGCUACUGACCGGCUGAUGAAGGAGCUCAGGGAUAUAUACCGAUCACAGAGUUUCAAAGGCGGAAACUAUGCAGUCGAACUCGUGAAUGACAGUCUGUAUGAUUGGAAUGUCAAACUCCUCAAAGUUGACCAGGACAGCGCUUUGCACAAUGAUCUCCAGAUCCUCAAAGAGAAAGAAGGAGCCGACUUCAUCCUACUUAACUUCUCUUUUAAAGAUAACUUCCCCUUUGACCCGCCAUUUGUCAGGGUUGUGUCUCCAGUCCUCUCCGGAGGGUAUGUUCUGGGCGGAGGUGCCAUCUGCAUGGAGCUUCUCACCAAGCAGGGCUGGAGCAGCGCCUACUCAAUAGAGUCAGUGAUCAUGCAGAUCAGUGCCACACUGGUGAAGGGAAAAGCACGCGUGCAGUUUGGAGCCAACAAAUCUCAAUACAGUCUGACAAGAGCACAGCAGUCCUACAAGUCCUUGGUGCAGAUCCACGAAAAAAACGGCUGGUACACACCCCCGAAGGAAGAUGGCUAACCUUGGAGUGCCAUCCCCUUCCUCCUUCCCCCGGCACCACUGGACCAAUUACCUUUGAAUGCUGUAUUUGGAUCUCACGCUGCCUCUGUGGUUCCCUCCCUCAUUUUUCCUGGACGUGAUAGCUCUGCCUAUUGCAGGACAAUGAUGGCUAUUCUAAACGCUAAGGAAAACAAAAAACAAACAAAAAAAACAAACACAGAACUGUUUCAAGUACUCAAGACUGACUUACAGACCAACCAACCACCUGGCUGGAACCCUUGCUAGCAGGCAUUCUUAUAAAAGAAACUUUCGAGCCUCCUUAUAUUGCUGGAAACUCAGCUGUGCUCCAGACUAGAGCCUCCUUACCUAUGCUAUGGAUUUUUAAUUUAUUUUCUCUUAUUUCAUGUACACUGCUUUUUUUGGUUACAGUGUAUGAUGGAUGUGUAUGAAAAAAAAUGUAUCUUUGGGAAAACAAUUACAGUUUGUUAAUUUGAA